CGCUGCCAGAGUUGGUCGACUCUCUGGUCCCGCUCUUUCUGCGACUCGCCAGUGUCCAUGUUCGGUGAAAAGUAAUUCUUAUCACAACUGCGUCAUUAUUUUUUUAAGGAGGGGUCGGCGGGUUUGAAGAGGAGAGUUUCCCUGUCGCAGCAGGGCAGAAAGUGAAGGUGAGUGAAUAAUUUGGGCAUCGAAAAUCACUGGCGGGCGAAAUUAUGAACGAAGUGUUAAUCCGGCGUUCAUGAUUGUCGAUUCAAGGUCAGCUGGGGUGAGGCCGACAGCCGUGAGAAAUCCAGGCGCGAUGAUUUGCUUUCCUUACGACAUGAACCGGAAGAAAACUAGACCCCGGCCCGGUCGUCCCCAAAUCUCCCGGCUAUUCCCGUUUAGGCGCCUUUCACUCCCGCCUUUCAGUCUUGCCUCCAGUUCGGCCCCUUCGGAGUCCCAUCUCCGACCUGCACAACAUCAAACCUCAUCUUCACUCCGAUUGCUGAAAAGGGGUGUGUGUUGCUUGAUUCAGGCUGUUGCUCCCCUCAUCAAAACACCCUCCAGCUCUCCUGAACCAGUGGGUCGUAUACCACACCAGCCACACGUCCACAGCCCCCUCGGAUGCCCAAAGCCAACUGGAUAAUCUGUACCCAUCCAGCAUCUCUUAGGCCCAAAGGGAAAAGCACUAUGGUGGCUGUUGCUACCUCUUCUAUACUAGAUUAAUCCCCCACCCGAUACCCCUUUCCCGCUAGACACCCAACAAUGGCUGCUAAUUACUGGGCAUCAACUCAACGCCGACACUGGCUCUUCACGAGAGAGAAGUUGGCGGAGAUUCGGGAGAACUUUAGAGAGCGUGAUAUGGUCGCUCAUAGUCAGUUUCCUUUGCCGGAUCAAAGGUUGCUGAACAUCUAUUUCAGUCAACGUAAGAUAAUAUAGUACAUACCCUAUAUCGGUGGGCAUCCAAGCUCACCAGGCCAACAGAACUCAUUAAACUGGGGAAACGGAUGUCUACUCGACAACAAGCACUUGCGACAGCGCAAGUCUAUGUCAAGAGGUUCUAC